UCGUUGUUGCUGCUGGCAGAGCGCAGGCCGCAGUGAUUUGGUAGCCGCUGCAGUAGGAGGAAGGACCGCGGUUCUACCCCUUCUAUCUUUCAGUUUCACCUCGAAAUAUUAUUGGUAGUUCUUUUCGGUAGCGAUCAGUAACUCGAGUGUACAGUAACGGUGUUCUAUGAUAGCAGAGUAGUUGUAUUACCAAACGGAGAGUGACAUCAAUCGCCAUUUUAAUUGCACGUUUCCCUGACAGAACCGCUAGCACAACAAUGGCUCUGAAGAGAAUUCACAAGGAGCUGAACGACUUGGCACGGGACCCACCAGCCCAGUGUUCUGCAGGACCAGUAGGAGAUGACAUGUUUCACUGGCAAGCCACGAUAAUGGGACCUAAUGACAGUCCUUACCAGAGCGGGGUUUUCUUCUUGACCAUACACUUCCCCACAGAUUACCCCUUCAAACCGCCAAAGGUUGCAUUUACCACACGAAUCUACCACCCAAAUAUCAACAGCAACGGCAGCAUUUGUCUUGACAUUCUGCGAUCACAGUGGUCUCCAGCUCUCACCAUCUCCAAAGUCCUCCUGUCCAUCUGCUCUCUGCUGUGCGACCCAAACCCGGACGACCCCUUAGUACCUGAGAUCGCCCGCAUUUACAAGACGGACAGGGAAAAGUACAACAAAAUAGCUCGGGAAUGGACACAAAAGUAUGCAAUGUAGUUGUUGGGGUAGAAUCAUGGCCAACCCCCUCUACAAAAUAAGGUUAGGGGAGCUUCAGACGUAAAGAGAAAACAAACAAAAAACCAUUCAAACAAUGAAGUUUAAAACAAGAUCUUGUUGGUUUCCAGUGGAGUGCUUUCUUUGAGCCAUGCCUCCCCUUCACCAGAGUACCUGUAAAAAUCCCCUCUGCCCCACCUCCCUCCAUUCUCUCUCCCACUCUCUCUGUUUGACCCUCCCUUCUCCCCCCCCCCCUCCCUCCCCCCUGCCCCCCAGCUCACCUUCUCAUCCUACAGUGUACAUAUUGUCAACUUGCAAUGGAAAUUCCAAUCUCUCCCUUCUCCUUUUUCACCUCCUCCCUCCCAUGUGACCUCUGGCCCCAUCACCUGACCUCUCUAUCCCAUAACAUUUUGUCACCAUGCAAGCUGGGCUUUUGCUGCCCUCCAAACUCAACCUAUUUCUUACACACGACUGUAUCUUCAGCCUCCUUCCCCAGACAUUCAUCACUUAGAGCAUUCCUUCAAGUAUCUGUAACAUUUUGAGGGGAGUUUUUUCUUAAGUUCUCUAUUUUUUAGGAAGGUGGGGGACAAUAAGAUGGAGGGAUUUUUACACUCUGCACCCUUUCUUGUUUUGUUGUUCUUGUAAUUCCCAUCUGUAGAGGUGACAAUUCAAGAAAACAGUUUUCGCAAGCAAGUCGAAGGGCACGCUGUAUUUUAUACAAUAAAUACAUCAAAGAAAUACCUGCAAGCUAUAUAAAAAGAAAAAAAAAACACAUGGCCUGCUUUGGUCUCCUGUUGGAUUCUAUGAAAGGACUUGAAUUUAUCCCCACACUUCCUGCUCCUGACUCUUCCUUCCCACCCCACCUUACCCAAAUUAACACCUUUAAACACACACGUAGACACACAUUCACGCACAAAUGUAACCCUAUGUCACCCCCUCACCACCACUACCACCAACUUUUCUUUAUUCACAAAGUGAAGGUUCUGGACCAGGUAUUUAAGCUUUUUAAUUUUCGUAGUUUAACCUGUGUUUCAUCCCCCCCCCCCCCCCCCCCCCCCCUCCCUCUCCCCCCUCCCAUAACUCUUUAGGUUGCAUUAUUUUUCUUUUCUGUUUUUGUUUUCUUAUUUCUUUUUGUUUUGUUUUGUUUUUUUUUUGUUUUUUUUUGCUAUUGUCAAAUUAGAGGCUAACAUCUUAAAUGGCUAUGGGACUGGCUUGGGCUCUGGGUGCGAGGAGAACCCACUCUUCUUGCACAAAAUCUCUGUAUAUUGAAUUACCUGAGAGGCUCGUUGAGCUUUGUGUGUUGAUUAAACUGUGUAAUAAAAUC